AUGAAACCCAAGUCAGUCUACGUUCUUGUCAUCUGUUACCUGUUAACUGCCUGCGACGGGAGCCCAGCUGAUCUGACUGUCCAGGUAAUCGCCAGCCAGGUGGAGAUUCCGGUAUUCAGUACAGCGUGUUUGUACGGUGGGUUCGAAUUACGUGAAGGGCUGGAUGACAACGCCAACAAUCUGCUUGACGCGCAGGAGGUACGCUCAACCCGAAUUCAAUGUUCCGAUGAGGACUCAGUGCAAUUGAACACGCAGCUCCUGCAGAUCGCAGAGCGCUUGGAACUGACCGGUGAUCCAUCCCUAGGCCGUCGAGUGCCAUCCAUUGAUUCACCGUUAAGCCAAUUGGGUAUGCAGCUGUUUUUCAGCAAAGCGCUCAGUGGCGAUCAGGAUGUUGCCUGUGUGAGCUGCCAUCACCCAAACCUGGGAGGCGGGGACGGCUUACAUUUAUCCGUGGGCGUGGCCGCAGAUAUACCAGAACUUUUAGGCCCAGGCAGAGUGCACCGCAGUGGCGCUGCAGGGUUUGAUGGGGGGCCAACGGUACCGAGAAAUGCGCCUACCACGUUUAACAUAGGUCUGUGGGAUCGCGUUCUGUUCCAUGACGGUCGCCUUGAGAGCCUGAGUAAAACCCCAGGUGCUGCCGGCGAAGAUGGCCCGGUACGCACUCCAGAUGUGCCUUUUGGUGACAGUGACAAUCAGGCAACAGGCACCCUGGCCAACGUCCAAGCGCGUUUCCCGGUGACCUCGCCUGAGGAAAUGAAAGGUUUUACAUUCAGCGCCGGCGGUGACAAUCAAGCCCUGCGAGAAGCGCUAACAAGCCGACUCAGAGGAGACACCAAUGAGUUGGCGCAAAAUUUCUGGCUCAACGCAUUUCAGGCAGGGUUUGCUCAAGCAGGAGGAACAGCUGCCGAGCUCAUCACUUUUGACAACAUUACUCAUGCGAUUGCGCAGUACGAGCAAUCUCAAGUGUUUGUGCAGACACCCUGGAAACAAUUUCUCGAUGGACAAACUGACGGCAUGUCUGCGCAGGCAAAGCUGGGGGCAGUGCUCUUUUUUGGCAAAGCCCAAUGCAGCAACUGCCACAGCGGCGACUUUUUCACUGACGAAGACUUUCAUGUGGUAGCGAUGCCACAAAUCGGUCGCGGCAAAGGCGAUGGUCCUACGGGUGAUGGAGAUUUUGGGCGGUUCCGCGAAACCCAGCGAGACCAGGACCGGUUCGCAUUCCGCACACCUUCGCUCCUUAAUGUCGCCGUUACCGGACCCUACGGGCAUGCUGGAGGUUACAAUUCAUUGAAUGACGUCAUCCGACAUCACGCAAAUCCGCGAUCAGCAAUUGAUAAUUAUGAUUCAAAUCAGCUGGAGGCGGGCGUGCAGAGUGACAAUUUCCGAAGUAACACGUUAGCAGCAGUAGAGCAGCUGGAGCGCCUGCAGGCCAGCAACGAAUCAGACCUGGUGAAUAUUCAAUUAACCGAUGAAGAGGUGGAUUGGCUUGCCACCUUUCUCGAUGCGCUGACAGAUCCGUGUGUACGUGAUAAAAACUGUCUGCAACCCUGGAUGCCCGACGAAUUCACUUUCGACCCGGAUGGCUUAAGACUUGAAGCUGUUGAUGAGGAAGGGAACGCGCUUUGA